ACUACAGUAGAAGUAUCUAGGAUUUUUAUUAUUAUUAUUUUUAAUUUUUUUGUUUAUUUAUUCAUUUAUUUAUUUUUUUAAGACAUACUCACAUUGUUUCACUGGUUACUGAUUAAUGUCCACACUGGGUUAUUAUUUCACAUUAAGAAAUAUUUAUUGUUUAUGACUCAGUUCAGGAAGGAAGUGAUGGCAGACGGUCAGAGGAGGCAGAGCUGAGAGCUGAGAAGCAGACAACAGAAUUAGAAUGCUGUUUUUCUCUGUGGUUUUUCGCUUGUAAAUUCGAGAAGCUACUUGAUGACAUAUCAGAUAAACCACUGUGUAGAGUCUGUCUGUGGUCUUUGUUGUCAGAAUGGACGCCUACACGCCUUACACAGAUGAUUAUUAUUAUUACUACGGGGAUAACACCACUGACUUUGUCCAGCUGAACAUUUCGGACCCCCCAGACUGUCCUGGAUCCCACCUCCACGGCUCUAACAUCUACCUACCUGUGCUCUACUACCUCAUCUUCUUCACUGGCUUCUUCGGUAACCUCUUCGUGAUCUCAGUCGUGGGCAGCAAAGGCAAGAGGAGUGGACGUCUGGUGGACACGUUUGUGGUGAAUCUGGCCCUGGCUGACCUGGUUUUCGUGCUCACCCUGCCUCUGUGGGCCAUCUCCGCCAGUCAGAACGGCCUGUGGGACUUCGGGCGCAUCAGUGACCUGCUGUGCAAACUCAGCAGCUUCAUCAUCGCAGUCAACCGCUUCUCCAACAUCUUCUUCCUCACCUGCAUGAGCGUGGACCGCUACCUGGCCGUGGUGAAGCUGAUGGACUCCAGGUACCUCCGCAGCAGCAGGUGCAUCCGUGCCACCUGUCUCGGAGUCUGGAUCAGUUCUCUGCUCCUGGGCAUCCCAUCCCUGGUGUACCGCAAAGCCCAGCGCACCGAGGAUGGCUUUUUCUGCCUGGAGGAUGACACCUCGACCGUUUUCCUCGGCUUGGGUCUGGUCAUGCCGCUGCUCACCUUCGUCCUCCCGGUGCUCAUCAUCAUCCUCUGCUAUGGCACCAUCGUGGCGCACCUGAACAAGCAUUGCGCAGCCAAUCCCCGCGCGCAGGCCCGACGCAGACACUCUCUGAAGAUGGUCCUCUCCAUCAUAGUGGCUUUUGUGGUGUCCUGGCUCCCAUUUAACAUCUUCAAGACCAUCAUCAUCAUGUCGCAGCUCUCAAACGCAGAUCUGAGCUGUCUGACCUGGCAGAAGAACGGGCUCCUCAUCUCCUGCUGCCUGGCCUUCUUCAACAGCUGCAUAAAUCCUGCCAUCUACUUUUUUCUGGAUCGUCACUUCAGACGGAGAGCAGAGUUCUUGUUCGCGACCUGCGUGGGAAAACCGAAGUUUCUGCAAAGCCACAACUCCUCUACUUCAUUCACCAACAAUGGCACCUCAGAAAGUUUUGGAGGGAGAAGUCAGCUCCAGGUGUUUGACUAGAAGGUUUGACAGAAGACUCACUAUUUUCUGCAGCUUUAUCUCUUGAGGGUUUCACAGUCACUCUUUAU